UUCCCAUUCUCACUCCACAGGAGAAGGGCAGAAAACCAAAUGCCAGUACCAAAUCAUCACCGCCGCCUCUGCACAUUCCUCGUCCUCGUCCUCGCCGCCGCAGUACAAUUCCCGGCGGAUUCCGCCGCCGUCGAGCUCCCGAAGUUCCGAGAAGCGCCUGCAUUUCGGAAUGGCCGCGGGUGCCGCCGGACGGCGUGGUCCUCGGUGGACGCGCACUCCCACAACCCCUCCAUCAUCCACAUCGCCAUGACGUUAGACUCCACCUACCUCCGCGGCUCCAUAGCCGGCGUCUUCUCCGUCCUCCAGCACGCCACGUGUCCCGAGAACAUCGUCUUCCACUUCAUCGCCACGCGCCACCGCCGCGACGACCUCCGCCGCGUCAUCACCGCCACCUUCCCUUACCUCAACUUCCGCCUCUACCACUUCGACUGCAACCUCGUGAGGGGAAAGAUCUCGUACUCGGUGCGACGCGCGCUGGACCAGCCGCUCAACUACGCGCGCAUCUACCUCGCCGAUCUCCUCCCCUCCGGCGUCCGCCGCAUCAUCUACUUCGACUCCGACCUGAUCGUCGUCGACGACGUGGCCAAGCUCUGGCGCAUCGACCUCGGCCGCCGCGUCCUCGGCGCGCCGGAGUACUGCCACGCCAACUUCACCAACUACUUCACCGCGAAAUUCUGGUCGAACGCGGCGUUCGCGGCGGAGUUCUCGGGGCGGAGCGCGUGCUACUUCAACACCGGAGUGAUGGUGAUCGAUCUGUGGAAAUGGAGAGAAGGCAGGUACACGGAGAAGCUGGAGCAUUGGAUGAGCGUGCAGAAACGGCACCGUAUUUACGAGCUGGGUUCGUUGCCGCCGUUUCUGUUGGUUUUCGCGGGUGACGUGGAGGGUGUGGAGCACAGGUGGAACCAGCACGGACUCGGCGGUGACAACCUGGAGGGGCUAUGUAGGGACCUCCACCCUGGCCCGGUGAGCCUGCUCCAUUGGAGCGGUAAGGGCAAGCCAUGGCUCCGAUUGGACUCCAAGCGGCCGUGCCCCUUGGAUAGCCUGUGGGCCCCCUAUGACCUCGUUCGACAUUCCUCUCUCUUCGCUGAUAGCUGAUGAUGACGCCGGCGGGGGUAUAUUCGACAAUGCGGAUUGAAAUUUUGAGGAACCAGGUCGGCCAAGUAAGCAAGUCAAGAUGUGACUUUUUUACUGGCUUAGUCACCUCCUGUCG